AUGAGGUCCAGUUUUACCAAUAACACCGUGGCCAAGUUAGAACAUGAUCUCUGCGAGCUGCUCCGACACCAUGGUGACUUUCCCGCUGCUGUGAUUGACAGCAGAGGGAAGGCCCGCCCAUCCACUGCAUCAGGGCCGGGGUCCUGGGCUACCACCGCGAGUCUGACAAGCCCCGACUGGACCUGGCGGACAUGGAGUCAGAGGUAUGGCGAAGGAAGUGCGGUGAAGAAGAGGUCUAAAAGAGUGUGUCAUGUGGUGCAGCCUGUAUUAGAGUGGCUGGGGAAGUGCGAGUACUGCCACAGGACGGCGUGGCCUCUACUGGACGUGAGAUGGGAAGAAGAGAUGGAGACGCUCCCAGGCUUCUGUUGCAUCGAGCGCCAGAACCUGUGCAUGGCCCUGGUCCAGAAGAGGCCCUCGGUGGAGGCCGAGCAGGAAGAGGAGACCACCAUGGUCAGGCCGGGACGAGACAAGUCCGCCAUGUACCUGGCGGACGCGCUGCUGCGAGAGAAGAAAGCCCGCAGCAUGAGUCUGGAGAUGCAACGAGGGCUGAGAGAACGCUCAGGAUGGAAGAAGGACGAUGAGGGAGUCAAUAGGUCAGCAGAACCCCCCUUUGAAACAACAAACGUCCUCAGCUUCCGACUUGGCGCUGCAGAUCAAGAGUGCUGGGUGGUCAACCGCAACCUGAGGGAAAAUGUUGUGGAAGAUGAGGAGGAGGAAGAGGAGUUGACCUGCGACCACAAGCCAACUCCUUUUGGCAUCUGUCACCAAAAGGAUGGCAAAUUUCAACAGAAGUUUUAUUUGAACGGCAAGACUUUUGUCAACAUGUUCCCGGAUGGCUCAGCACAGCUCUUUUACCCUAGCGGCCAUGUGGCUCUCAUCGUGGUGGUCACCAAAGACAAAGGAAGGGCUUGCGUAUUGUAUGAUGAAAACCUCAGGACACCCCAUCGACCCAUUCGAGCCAUCUUCCAGUCUAAUGGCAUGGCCACCUGUUACCACAAAAAUGGAAACAUAUGGUUGAGCCUUAGUCGAUUAGGUGGUCAGUGUUUGGAUGAGACCAGCGUCAGACUUCGUCGCUGGACCUGGAGAAACCUUCCUCCGCCUCACCUGCCUCCCCUCUUCCUGUCCAUCAAUAGAAAUUUUGGGCUUCGAGUGCUGGCCAAGGACCAAGUGUUUGUCUCUUUCCUGGCUAACGGUCAACAGGCCAGGUGUAGCGUGGGUAGCUGCAGCGUUCAGUGUAAAUGCACAAAAGCGAGACCUUCCCGUGGACUAUCGGUGCUGAAGGAUGAGCUUUUCGUGAUGGCCGCCAGGAUAAAGAUCCACCUGUGUAUCUACCAUCUCAACUGGAGCCUCAUAGCGCCGUUGCAUCAGAAGACCGUUCCUUCCCCAAGCAUCCGUGCUUUUGGAAAGCGGCUUCUAGAGGUCAGCGCCAACAUGUUGAUGAGUCAGCAUGAGCGCAUCUUCAUCCAGGGCUGCCUUCAGGACUGUCUCUAAACAGCACUCAAGAGAACACCACUGCUUUCAUAGUCACAAUAGCUUUUAUUCAUUGUAUCUCCAAGUUCUGCAAAUAUAAAAAUUAUUUGGAAAUAACAGCAAAACAAUGUCUCCAUAUUAUUUAGACAACAGCAUAAGAUGUGCACUUUUGCAGGGCAUUAGCUAACGUUUAUUAUCAAUUAUUAAUUCUACACUUGGCUCAGUGGUACAAAUAUGACUAUUGAAUUAGCACAAUCAAUAAGAUACGACCGGUUAGAGACUACUGAAUAAACACCCACGAGAGCCAAUCUCUCCUAAUCUGAUGUCUAAUUGGGUAAGAAGGGAAUGAGUAGAAGAAAAUGACCAACUGGCUGGCACGGGGAGCUGUCAAUCCCACUCUGGCGUCAGGGAUGAAGCGUCUCGAAGGGGUGUGGUGACGACAAUGGGGGCAUCCAGUCUGUGCUUGCAGUCGUCCUGCCUUCAGCACAGACCUUCAUAAACAUGGCAUCACAGCCCCAGGAGACUCCCACCUCAAAC